ACUAGGCCGUUUAAUUAACCCCAAAGCUUCCGCAACGAAGUAGACUCAUCCGGAAGUGCAGAAAUUGAGUGCAAAUUCGUGGUGAAAGCAAAGUAGCCAGAGAAACUCCGCUUUGGAAAAUCGCUUAUGGAGGAAGUUUCAGAGAAGAAAGAAUUGGAACAUGAGGUGGUUACCAACGUCGCCAAAGUGAUUUCGGCUAUAAAGAACGCGAAGCACGUCGAUCAAGUCAUUUGCGCCCUUCAUUCCAUAGCUACCAUGUUCUUCCCCGUAGACCUUUCUCUUCUCUCAGAUUGCAUAGACGAGAGUUACCGAGACCAGGUCUUCAGUGUCGAAGUUCCUACUGCAGAAAAACGAAAUGGUUGGUGGCGUGCGUUUUAUAGAGGAGCUGCUUUCCCUACACUGGCUAGGUUCCUAUUACUUGAUGUUGCCUCGAACUGGCUGGGUUGUUUUCCCUUUUCGGCGCAGAAAUGUGUUUAUGAUGUUUUCUUUGUCCGUGGAUUGGUUUCUGAGGUGCUGCAGAUUUUGGUUCCUUUUCUCCAGCUGAGUCCGGUUGAUGGUCUAGAUGUUAAUGCCGUCCUCUCUAAUUCUGAAAGAUUGCUUGUACUGUGCUUGCUUGAAAAUAAAGGGGUGGUCCAGUUAGCAAGAGAGUUUGGUGGUUCUUCUAAAUUGAGAAACGUUACAGAUGUACAUACCAAGAUGGAUGUAUCAAGGGUGGCACAGAUUGUUGCAUCUAUUCCCGACAAAGCAAGAAUGAACUCAUCCACUUCCUUGUCAUCACAUGUGUUUUUCAAGCAGGUUGUUGUGCAACUACUCUCCUUGGCAGAAAAAAGAGAGAUGGUCUUGCUAGAAAAUGCAGAGAUGGAUGAAAUGGACAAAAAUGGUGCAAUGUUUUUUGUAGGGGAAAUGUUUUCUCGAAUUUGUCGCCGAGGCUCUACUGAUCUUCUAUCUAGUGAAUUAAUACCUGAAGUGGUAAGGCUUGUCAAUGGUUGCUUAUCAUCAAAUAAUGAUUCAAUUACGAAGGAGUUGCUUGCAUUGAAACCUGACAUGGUAUUUUGGUCAAGAAUAAUGGAAUCCAUCAGCGACCCUUAUACCAAAGAAAGAAUCUCUGAGCUGAUUUUGCAUAAGUUAGCUACUCAAGAUGCAAAUGAUGUUCAAGCGUAUUGGCUGCUGUGGUUGUUAUUCCAUCGAAUUUUUAAGCUUCAGGCUUCUGUCAGGUCUAUGUUUGUUGACAAAUUCCUGCUAUGGAAAGUAUUCCCUGUUAGCUGCCUGAAAUGGAUCCUUCAGUUCGCUGUCCAUGAAUGCCCACCUGGUUCCUCAUUAUCAGAACAUAAUCGCGCUGGGCUUUUGAAUACUGUCCAACGUCUGAUGGCAGUAUGGUCUAAGAAAGAAUUUGUGCAAACAGCACCUAUUGAGCAACAAGCUUACAUAUCUGCUGCACUAGGCCUUUCUCUGGAGACAAUGUCUAGGGAGGAAUUGGAUGGGAUGAAGAAUGGAAUGCAUUUGAUUCUUCAAGGGGUUAGCUGUAGGUUGGAGAGUCCUAAUCAUUUAGUUCGAAAAAUGGCUAGCUGUGUUGCUUUGGCAUUGUCUAUAAUUAUUGAUCCAAAGAACCCCUUGUACCUUGAUGAUAGCUACAGUGGGGAGGCAAUUGAUUGGGAAUUUGGAUUCACAAUCCUCAAGAAAGGGAAUCUAGCUGCAGCAAAUUGUGGAGGAAAAGGUAUUGAAGAAACUAAGACCUCUACAGUGUCAGGUCCAGAGAGGAACACUAAUUCCCCUUCCAAUAAAGGAAAAAGUAUUAAUGUAAAGGGCAAAAAGAAGUUAUUGGAGUUUAAUGUGCUUGAUCCAGAUGAGAUUAUUGAUCCAGCAUCACUGAAUCAUGACUCAGACGAUAAUGAGGAGGAUGUUGAUGACAGUGCAAGCGAGAAUUCAUAUUCCUCAAGUGAUUCAUCUUUACAGCCGUAUGAUUUGGAAGACGAUGACUCAGAUCUGAAAAGAAAAUUUUCACAGCUGGCUGAAGUUAUUGCAGCUCUUAGAAAAUCUGAUGAUGCUGAAGGGGUGGAAACGGCUAUUGAUGUAGCUGAAAAGCUCAUAAGAGCAUCUCCAGACGAACUGAAACAUGCAGCAACGGAUCUGACCAGAACUCUUGUUCAGGUUCGGUGCUCUGAUAUUGCUUUAGAAGGUGCAGAAGAAUCAACUGAAGACAAAAGACAAAGAGCAUUAGUUGCCUUGGCAGUCACCUGCCCAUUUGAAUCCCUUGAGACACUAAACAAGCUUUUGUAUUCACCUAAUGUUGAUAUCAGUCAGCGUAUUAUGAUGCUAGAUGUUAUGACAGAAGCAGCUCAAGAGCUUGCUGAAUCAAAAAUUAUGAAACCCAAACAUCAGACUAGUUCCCUUAUUUCAGUUGUUUCCGAUACCCGUCCUUGGUUCCUACCUAGCAGCACAGGGACUCCUGGAGCUGGUUCCUGGAAAGAGAUCUCAGGUGCUGGCUCUUUAUUGAAUUGGUCAAAUAGCUACGAGAGGGACCUUCCCCCAAAACAUAAUCAGGUCAAGAAGGGGAAAACACGCAGGUGGAGUCUGCGAUCUGCUGCACAGAAAAACCAGAUGGAGUAUUCCCAUAAUAAGUUUCCCUUGUAUGCUGCUUCAUUCAUGCUUCCUGCCAUGGAGGGAUAUGAUAAGAAAAGGCAUGGUGUUGACUUGCUUGGCAGGGAUUUCAUUGUCUUGGGGAAACUCAUUUACAUGCUUGGGGUUUGUAUGAAAUCUGUAGCCAUGCAUCCAGAAGCUUCUGUACUGGCUCCUUUGCUCCUUAAUAUGUUAAGAUCCAGAGAGGUAUGCCAUCACCAGGAAGCGUAUGUGAGAAGAGCUGUUCUUUUUGCAGCCUCAUGUGUAUUGGUUGCCCUUCAUCCUACUUACAUUUCAUCUGCCUUGCUCGAAGGAAAUGUUGAAAUUUCUACUGGUCUUGAAUGGAUUCGCACAUGGGCCCUUGAUAUAGCUGAGUUAGACACAGAUAAAGAAUGCUAUACGAUGGCUAUGACAUGUCUACAACUCCAUGCCGAGAUGGCUCUUCAAACUUCUCGAGCGUUGGAGUCAGCAAGAAGUUCACUCAAGGCAGGCCCUGCACUUACAUCCGGCACAUCCAAUGUGACCAUUAAAAUUCCCUACUUAAAUGGGGAUUAAAGAUGCUUCUGGCUAUUGUGAGUGGCUUCUAGCCCAGAAUAUAAAUUAGAAGGUGUGAUGCAGAACAAUAGUGGAGGCAAAAUUCUGGAAGUUAAGAGCCAUUUUAUCUCAGUAGGGUUAGUGGCAACUGCUUGGAAAUCUGUCCGUCAUAAUGCACUGUUUUCAUAUGAUCAAGAAUUUGGAUUACCUCCACAAACAAUGUGUAUGUAAGCAACCAGAUCAUGUGCUGACUUAUGAAGUAUAGAAAGUGAAAAGUUCAAAGAGCAUUCAAGUAAGACGAGUCUCAUGUGAUACUGAAAAUGCAUGCAUGGCUGUUUGCUUGUGCACGAAAAAUUGAAAGGGAAAGGGAGGUUGAGCGUGAUAAAAAUUAAAAUACUACACCUGCAAUGCACUCUAUAUGCCUAUCCACUCGAAGCAUGUCUCUUUCCCAUCAUGUGGAACUUGCCUGAGAUCCUGAGGCUGGAGGAUGAUUAGGUUUCCAUUCCAUGGAUAUAAUGUGGAGAAAUUAGUCAUCAACUUACACAGAAGAAAAUGCAUUCACCUUAUCAUGAGUGUAGAUGAAAAGAGAAGAGGGCAUAAAAUUCUUAGAGAAAGAUGCCACCAUACAUGUUUGAGAGUUUCGACACCCUAAGUGAAGAAAACAUUUUUAAUGAUUCAAACAUGUUGAUAACAAAAUCAUAUUUUGCUAAUAUAACAAGCAAAAGUAAAUGAACCAAUUUUCCA